GCUACCCAUCGUCAGACCGAUUUCUCAUCCUUUGUUUGAGAGAAAUUUACCCCCCUUACUGUUAACCCAUUUACGACGCUAACAACAUGCUCCGUUCACCCUCCCCCACCGGUGUACCGCUCACCGCCGGCGGCGGCCCUCAGCUCGGACCAAGCGCUUCCAACCUCUCUGCAGUGGAGAACCCUAACCACUUGCCACCGGCGGCUGAAGGACCACUGCCGAGCUUCGAACAACCACCCGCUGACUCCGACGUCCUUCCUGUCCCUCCGCCGCCGCUGAAUCCUUCGACCAAACAAAUCUCUCCGCCUCCUCCCGUCGCAGCACAAACCCUAGCCGCGGCUGAGCGAAGUGAAAUCAGCAGGAGGCUUCUCUGGAGCAUCACGGCUUCACUCGCUUUCCUUGCUCUGGUCUGUUUUCAGCUCGCGGUGGUUGCUCCCCAUGGAGAAAUUAACCCUCUGAAGCUGUUCAAAGUGGCGGCAUACAUCUUCAUUUUACUACUGCUGCCCUUUACACACCACAUUCGGAAAGUCAAGCUGGGAGUAAUUCUUGGUACGGUGGUCCACUCGCUGUUUUUCACUGUGCCGAUUGUGCCGAUUGGGAUGGCCCUCUACUCGAAGGAUGGCCGGGAACUGGUGACGGUCAACCUCAUUUUCGUCCACAUCAUGGCUGUAGUCAACUCAGCCGUAGUCUCUAUCAACUACUUCGGCCUGGCGAAUACCAGUCUCACACUUCUGCUGAACCCGUUCCUAUACCUCGCCGGCAAGCACGGGUCAGGGGUGGCCUUGACGCUGUUACUGGCAAAUUACAUCGCGCAUUCAGAUAAAUUGGUUAAGGUUAUUCGGGAUAUUGAGGCGAAAACGAAGGUGCCUCAAUUUCCUGAGGUUGUAUGGCGAGUCAGGGACAUCUUGGCUGAUGUCUGGGUGUCUUUUGUAUCUUGA